GGAGCCACUUAGAUCUUUUAUUAUCUGAAUAAAAACAUGUAUAACAAAGAGACUAUAUGUUUAGUGUAUAGUCAGGGGCAGUGGAAAAGAUUCCAACUCAAAAGUACCCAGUACAUGUUCUCAGCACAUGUCAACAUGUUGUCAAGCUAUAUUGACUGUAUUCUAAAAUCAACACGACGACAGUGAGUAGGCUGAUCAGAAUGGUUUGUGUGAAGAACCUACAUGUAGAACUACAUGACACACUGUGAUUGGAGGACUGAGCGACUCAAGAACAAGACAUGUACACAUUAAACAAUGAAGGUCGGAGUAGUAACAGAAAACAGAAGGAAGAAAUCCGAUAUUUGACUUCGUAACAUUUCCGGACUCUAGAAGGACUGGGGAAUAUACCCUGGCAGUAUUAAGCAGAUUUUAUGGUCCUUUGAAAGAAACGUAGCAUAGUCAUGAAAAGAAAGAGAAUGCUGCACCCAAUAUAUACGCGGUUUCCACAGCUCCUUAAACUCAACAGAGUCUGCGGAGGGAGGUGCUGGCAAAAACAAAUACUUCAUAUAUUUCUGUAUGCUGCUCUGAUCUUGGGAAUCAUAGGGUUCCUAUCACAGAUUUUCUUAUUGUCCUGGAAAUUCCAAAUCUUUCCCAGACGGACCAAUAUUGAUGAUGACCUUUCAAAUGUCACAGACAGCACCGAAAAACCAAAACCUAAACCCUUUCUAUCCUAUAAACAAAACUUUUCAUUCCCAUUAGAAAUAGACAUUGCCUAUUAUGUAAAUGAGAAGAUUCAGUUUAAUGAUUCGAUUCCAUAUCAACCGAUCAACCCACAUCCAUUCAAAUACAUUAAUCUGCCUCGUGCUUGCGAUUUCAGAUUAAACGGAACUGAUUUGACUCAAAAUGAUACAAUUCUUGUGUUGGUCAAGUCCACAGCGUCACAUUAUUCAUUACGGGGUGCCAUAAGGUCUUUGUGGAAAUCUGUUCAAGAUGCAGGGAUUAAAAAAGUGUUUUUGCUAGGUUACGACGGGAUGAAUCAAACUGAAAUUAACAAAGAGAGUCAAACUAACCGUGACAUUAUACAGGAAGAUUUUGUUGAUGCAUACAGAAACAACACAUUCAAAACAAUCAUGGGAUUCAACUGGGCAUCACAAUUUUGUACCGAAGCUAAGUUUAUGUUCUUCAUGGAUGACGAUUACUACGUGAAGUUGUCGGAACUUGCAAACUAUCUUCGUAAAAUACCGGAACAAAAUAGCCACAACAUUUAUAUUGGGUCAUUAUCAAAAAAGGGAGUACCGUACCGGGAUAAGGAUACUCGGUGGUACGUCUCCGCUGAGGAGUAUCCGUUUGAUUUAUAUCCUCCGUAUAUUGGUGGGGGUGCCUUUGUAGUAUCUUAUGAUGUUGCUCAAAGGUUUCGGCUUGCUUUUCCUUUCACAAAAUAUAUGCCAAUUGAUGACGCAUACCUGGGAAUUGUGGCACGCAAACUAAACAUCGUUCCUCGUCUUGACAAAAAGUUUCUGUCCUAUUACAGGGGCGCUAUUGCUAGGGAGUGCUCCCAUGAUGCAUCAGAGCUCAUGAAGCAGAUCUGUCCACUUGCCAGGAUUGGAUUUAACAUGUAUGUACACCGAAACAAAAAGUCGAUAGGGAAAAUGACAUUACUGAGAGCGUUGACAAUUAGUAUUUGUAUUCUCUUUGGUGCUUGCGUCUGUGUCUUAUUUCCAGUGAUUCUACAUCUUUACUGUGACAAUUUUUUCGUAACAGAUAUCAAGACACAGCAAAACCCUAGUAGGAAGUGUUGAAAUAAAAACCAUCUAUUUUCAAUUGGAAUUGAUUUGAAAAUAAACAUCUUUAUAUCACCUCUUGUGCCAAGUUUCGUUAUUAAUGGCUUUCUUGGGGUGACCUCAACGAUUUAAAACUCUUUUAAUUUAUAAACAAAAAGUCUUUCUC